CUGCCCUGCACUUCCCUGUUCCUGCUCCUCCCAGCUCAAAGAUGGCAGCCAUGGGACAGAGAUGAGCGACGAAAUGAAUUUAAGAGUUUUGUCAUGAAACCACAUGGGGGUGUACAGCUGUUACACGUAUGGUUUUAAUAUGACAGCGAUAUAGUUAGUCACAGUCAACGUGUCGUCUUACGAAGACAAUUAAAGGAUUCAGAAUAUCAUGUUUUCCUGUGGGCUAAGCUAGCAAGCAACGGUUAGCAAUUACAUGAACUUGUCUCUUGUGCCAUACAAGAAGAAAACAGCUGCUCUGAAUACGGUCUACUGACAUCUUGCAAGAUUUGUUUUUUUAAAAGGCAGCCAGCAAUAUCCCCCCCACACUACGUCGCACACGUGACAGAAGUGCAGACGUUCCUGGUUUGGUUGCCGAUGAAAGGAUUCACUCAGUUUCACCAUGGCCAUCACUCAGUUCCGUCUUUUCAAGAUCUGCACGUGUCUAGCCAGCUUACUUUCUUUCUUUAAAAGGUUGAUAUGCAGGAGUGGAAGGGGCCGCAAGCUCAGUGGGGAUCAAAUAACUCUUCCGACAACGGUGGAUUUUUCAUCAUCGGUACCAAAACAGCCAGAGAUUGAAGAGUGGAGCUCUUGGGAUGAAGAUGCUCCUACGAGCAUUAAGAUCGAGGGUGGCAACGGAAACCUUUCCCCUUCACCCAACGAGAUGGACGAAGAGCCCGACUACUUCAAAGACAUGACUCCCACCAUCAGGAAAACCCAGAAGAUAGUGCUGAAGAAAAGGGAGCCGUUGAACUACCUGGUGCCUGAUGGCUCCGCAGGUUUCUCCAGCAGACUGGCAGCUUCUCAGGAUAUGAUGACCUUCAAUCCCCCCUCAGCUGAACUGGGAGAAAUGGACAACUGGCAGGAGGACACAAAUGCCUGGGAGGACGAGUCUGAUGCUACCUGGGAGGCAGAGGAGGUGCUCAGACAAACGAAGAUGGCUGAGCGAGAAAAGCGCUCCAUGGAGCAGCAAAGGAAGAAGAUGGAGAAAGAUGCUCAGAGGAUGAUGAAGAAGGAGCAGAAGAUUGCCGUCAAGCUCUCGUAACAUUUUAGAAAUGCUCAAUUUUGAGCCAAAGGGAUAAGGGGCGGGGGGGCAACGACACUGAAUCAAUCGUCACUCUGUCUUUGAAGUCAUCAAACCGGCCAGGAUUACCGCCCUACGCAACUUAUCUGUUAGCAAACUGUGCUCCUUCUCCUCCCUGUGUCCACCAGCAGCCAUUUUAGUCCGUUUUUCUGCUGCAGCAGUGUAAAGUGCAUCGUUCCUGAGGGGAGAGAACACGCUGUUCAUGUGACAAACGUCAUUGUGGUCUUCAAGAUUAUGAUCCAGGUCGUCUUAGGUUGAGGGUUAGUUACAGCAUUUAGACUCUGAUUAAAUCUGUCACCGUGGAAAUAUGUUCAUCUUGUUUUUUUUCAGGAACAUGCGUAAAUAAAUACUUGUACUACCUUUUGGUACUCAAAUAGGGAGUACAGUUCACUUUCUUUGUCUUAUUCAUAAGGACAAAGGGGUGUAAUUAAUUUUAAGCUUCACUGUAUACCAGUGACAUCCCUUGUUUGCUUGAUUAUUGUGAAUUAUAAUUAUGUCUCUCAUUGUUGUUGUUUUUUCUAAUGGCUGUUGCUUGAUAUUUCCCAUCAUCCCCCUGUGCUGUGCAGCCCUUAGUACACUGGAAAUCUGCGUCUAAAUGAAAGCUGAAGAUUUUCAAUAAUAGUAUGGAUAAAGGACCAUAGAAGCUAGCCCAACUAGAAAUGUUAGCUGGGGGUUCCUAUGGUAAUCUCAUGGCUACUGAGCUGCCACUCAUUAUUCUCCUUUGUCAGUUUUUUGAUAUUGAAAGGAAGAAAAAAAAAAAAAAAACAGUGAACACUGCUUUGAUUUUUUUUCUUCUGAAACCUGGACCUCCGUCACAGUGUAAUCUCAGACUGGUUAUCUUGACCUAUAAGAAGAUGAAAAAUGGAAGUCUUGCUUACCUUCUCAUCUGAAAAUGUAUGGCUUAAGUUAAAGGUUAUGACUGACUGUGCUGUCCUGCAUCAUAAUGAAAUUACUAUUCAGUGUUGGGAAAGAUCCGUACCAGUGCCAACGGGCAAGCUGUUGUCAUGGAAACAUUGGAAAGUGAAAAUAGGCCUAAUACAUGAUUUGGGUGGAGGUGAGGGGUGCAGUUCUAUACUGAAUGCUCCAAUUGGAAACGCUUUGCAAGCUAUUUGAUGCUUCCAAAGAAAUCCUGGGUUGAUGUCGGAGACCCUGGUUCUGCUAAAAUGGUUUUAGAGAUUCAUUGAAGGGACUUCAUCUGUAUAGAUUUGUUUUCUUUGGCAUUUUAGUUUUCCAUUAAGAAAAGCUGCAUGUUCAGUUGAUUCAUUUCAUUUUGCACAUUUGAGUUCUUCCAAAAAUGUCUCUCACUCAUGUAUCUCUAUGUGUAGGACUUCCUGUUAGGAGAAAUGUCAUGGUUGAGCACAACGGAGGACCACAAGCUCGAUCAGUCCAGAACGUUUGGCAGACUGUAUCCCUGCUGUAUCAGUUCUACACAGGUUUUUAAUAAAUGAAUUUGAUUCAUACCUCUAAA